AGCAUUUAGAUGACAUUGGGUAACUUCUUGUUUUUCUUUUUUAUAUAACAGUGGCACCAGGCACAGUGGUUUAUGCCUAUAAUCCCAGCACUCUGGGAAGCCAAGGCAGAAGGAUCACUUGAGCCCAGGAAUUUGAGACCUGCCUGGGCAACAUAGAGAGACCUUAUUUCUACAAACGAACAAACAAACAAAAAAUUAUCCAGGCUUGGUGGCACUUGCCUGUAGUCCCAGCUACUUUGGAGGCUGAGGUGGGAGGAUCACUUGAGCCCAGUAGGUGGAGGCUACAGGGAAUUAGGAUUACACCACUGCACUCCAGCUUGGGUGACAGAGCAAGACCCUGUCUCAAACAAAAAAAUAGUGACACUAAUCAUCCUUGUACAAGUGUCUUUUUGGUGCAUAGCUCAUUUUACCUACUUUUGGAUUUUUCUCUUCAAUGCCAUUUGUCAUUAACUUAUUUAGAAGUGUAUUGAUUACCUCCUAUAGGCCAGGCACUGUACUGUGUAUCAGACACUAGGGACACAAGCACUAGUAAAAUGCUAUGGCUAUACUCGAGUUUUUUGUAAAGAUGAUAUACCUAUAAGUAGGUAAUCAUGGUUCACUGUGAUAAGUGCACAAUGUGUUAUUACUAGAAUCCUGUGGAACGAACUGUAGCAGAAGGUAAGGCAGGUUACGUUAAAUAGAUUGAAAACAGAUUAUAGCAGUCUGUGAAUGCCCUUCUAAAGAAUUUGGACUUCAUUUUGUACAUAAUUAGAAAUCAUUGAAAAAGGCCGGGCGCGGUGGCUCAUACCUGUAAUCCCAGCACUCUGGGAGGCCUAGGCGGUUGGAUCACGAGGUCAGGAAUUCGAGAUGAGCCUGGCCAAGAUGGUGAAACCCUGUCUCUACUAAAAAUACAAAAGUUAGCUGAGUGUGAUGGCACAUGCCUGUAGUCCCAGCUACUUGGGAGGCUGAGGCAGGAGAAUUGCUUGAACCCGGGAGGCAGAGGUUGUGGUGAGCUGAGUUCGUGCCAUUGCACUCCAGCCUGGGCGACAAGAGCGAAACUCCGUCUAAAAAAAAAAAAAAAAAAAAAAAAAAAUCAUUGAAAAAAAUGUAGGCACACUUAAAUUUUUUAACUUUAGUAAAUUUUUGUGCUGUCACUGUUUUAGAACACUUUAUCACCUCCCACAAUCACUGCCUUCUACCUCCUCAUCUAGGCAACCACUGCUUGUUUUCUGUCUCUAAAUUUGCUUUUCCUAAACAUUUAUGUGUUGGAAACAUACAGUAUGCAGUAUUUUUACAUUGGCUUCUUUCAUCUAGCGUGUCUUUGAGGCUCAUGUAUGCUGUAAUGUGUAUCAGUAUUUUGUGCCUUUUUACUGCCUAAUGAUAUUCCAUUCUGUGGUGAUGACAAUUUAUGUGCUCAGCAAUUGAUGGAUGUUUGGAUUGUUUCCAGUUUUUGGUUAUUAUGAACAAAGCUGCUAUGAACAUCUGUAGAUAAAUCUUUGUGUGGGCACAUAUUUCUCUUGGGAAGAGGAAAUUUUGGAUCCUGUGAUAAGUUUAUAUAUAACUUUAAGAAAUUAGGGCAUGGUAGCUCACGCUUACAAUCCCAGUGACUCGGGAGACUGAGGCAGGAGGAUUGCUUGAGCUCAAGAGGUCAAGGCUGAAGUGAGCCAUGAUUGGGCUACUGCACUCUAGCCUGGACAACAGAGUGAGACCUCACCUCUAAAAGAACAAAGAAAAAAAAUUUACAGACUAUUCCUCAAAGUGACUGCAUCAUUUUACAGUCCUGUCAGCAAUGUAUGAGGGUUCCAGCUUCUCCAGAUGCUCGACACUUGAUAUUGUCUUUUGAUUAUGGCCAUUCUAAUGGCUGUAUAGUGUAUCUCAUUGUAGUUUUAACUUGCAUCUUCCUAAUGACAGGGUGUUUAUAAUCGUUUCAUGAAGCAUAGUUAUAUUUUAGAGACAUGAGUCCAAUGAAUAGAGGUAAGAAUGGAGGUGAGCUACAUGAAAGAUGAGAGCCUACGUCAGACAAUAUGUGUAGAGAUGGGGAGACAUUUUAAAGAUACGUGUAUCAGAGCUAGAAUGAGCAGCAUUUAGUAACUCCUGAGUAUAAUAGAUGAAGCAGAGGGAGGUGGGGCUUGUGAUCCCAAGAUUUUAAACUUCGGCAAUUGGGCACUUUUUGGCUAAUGGUGCUGCCAUUAGCCAAAAAGUGACUGCCGGUACAUAAACAGAUUUUGUGCUGGUGGUUGAUGGCUUUUAUAUUGAUCUUAUUCUCUUGAUGUGCCACUGGAAUAAACAUUUAAUAGAGUGUUUGGAAACGUAUCUAGUUCAAAAGAAGGAUCUGGGCUGAGGUAUAAAUUUAGGGCAGUUUACAUUGUGUAGGGAACAACUAAAUUCAUGGAAGUAAAUGAUGUAUCUGUUCCUAAGUCACCCUAUCUGCUGAGUUACUUGUGACAAAUUGUUUAAACAGUAAAAGAAUUUAAUAUGAAAAGAUACACGUUAAGAUGAUUCUAGGAUUAAUUCAUUCAGGCAUGACAGCAUCACCAAGGACCCAGGUUCUUUCUAACUUUUAAUGCUGCUGCUAUUCUUGAUCUGUUGGGUUGUCCUCAUGGUCCAGUUCUUGUUUACACAUUCAAACCCAGAAUUGCAUGCAAAAAGGCUGGGAGCAUGUGUUUUUGCCUGGGUCUUUUUUCAUCAGCCAAGAAAACUUUUCCUAAAAGCUCCCUAGCAAACUUACUUUCUUGUCUUCUUGGCCAGAAUUGCAUUAGGAAUGUGUUACCAGACUACCCACUGGCAAGGGGAAUGGAAAUUGUCACAGUUGGUUCAGACCAGAGCUUUCUAGCCCAAGUAUUUUUUUCUGUUAUCUCUUCUGGAAGAAGCCUUUUCCCCUUGCCUUUUGAGUCUCUUCUGUAGUUCAGACUUAUGAAAAUAUGCAUCAGUUUAAUACUGUCUUGGAAUUCAUGAGAUGGAAGCAUAGGUCAAAGCUGUUUGGAGAAAAUCGGAAGUACAGUUUUAUCUAGCCACAUCUUGGAGGAUAUUACUUUUUUGGUCCCUAUUAAACUAUGUGGCAGCAAGUCACAAAGGAGGAAUCAGAAAGUAACCUGCUCCCCACCCUUGGUGUGUAGUCCAGUUAGCAAGGAGUCGUAAGAAAGCAGUGGGAGUUGAAGUCAUUGUCAAGUGCUUGCGAUCUUUUACAAGAAAAUCUCACUGAAUGAUAGUCAUUUAAAUUGGUGAAGUAGCAAGACCAAUUAUUAAAGGUGACAGUACACAGGAAACAUUACAAUUGAACAAUGACUCAGCUAUACAUUUACAUCAGAUUAUUGGGAGCCUAUUUGUUCAUCAUUUCUCGUGUUCAAGGACAGAAUCUGGAUAGUAUGCUUCAUGGCACUGGGAUGAAAUCAGACUCCAACCAGAAAAAGUCAGAAAAUGGAGUAACCUUAGCACCAGAGGAUACCUUGCCUUUUUUAAAGUGCUAUUGCUCAGGGCACUGCCCAGAUGAUGCUAUUAAUAACACAUGCAUAACUAAUGGACAUUGCUUUGCCAUCAUAGAAGAAGAUGACCAGGGAGAAACCACAUUAGCUUCAGGGUGUAUGAAAUAUGAAGGAUCUGAUUUUCAGUGCAAAGAUUCUCCAAAAGCCCAGCUACGCCGGACAAUAGAAUGUUGUCGGACCAAUUUAUGUAACCAGUAUUUGCAACCCACACUGCCCCCUGUUGUCAUAGGUCCGUUUUUUGAUGGCAGCAUUCGAUGGCUGGUUUUGCUCAUUUCUAUGGCUGUCUGCAUAAUUGCUAUGAUCAUCUUCUCCAGCUGCUUUUGUUACAAACAUUAUUGCAAGAGCAUCUCAAGCAGACGUCGUUACAACCGUGAUUUGGAACAGGAUGAAGCAUUUAUUCCAGUUGGAGAAUCACUAAAAGACCUUAUUGACCAGUCACAAAGUUCUGGUAGUGGGUCUGGACUACCUUUAUUGGUUCAGCGAACUAUUGCCAAACAGAUUCAGAUGGUCCGGCAAGUUGGUAAAGGCCGAUAUGGAGAAGUAUGGAUGGGCAAAUGGCGUGGCGAAAAAGUGGCAGUGAAAGUAUUCUUUACCACUGAAGAAGCCAGCUGGUUUCGAGAAACAGAAAUCUACCAAACUGUGCUAAUGCGCCAUGAAAACAUACUUGGUUUCAUAGCGGCAGACAUUAAAGGUACAGGUUCCUGGACUCAGCUCUAUUUGAUUACUGAUUACCAUGAAAAUGGAUCUCUCUAUGACUUCCUGAAAUGUGCUACACUGGACACCAGAGCCCUGCUUAAAUUGGCUUAUUCAGCUGCCUGUGGUCUGUGCCACCUGCACACAGAAAUUUAUGGCACCCAAGGAAAGCCCGCAAUUGCUCAUCGAGACCUAAAGAGCAAAAACAUCCUCAUCAAGAAAAAUGGGAGUUGCUGCAUUGCUGACCUGGGCCUUGCUGUUAAAUUCAACAGUGACACAAAUGAAGUUGAUGUGCCCUUGAAUACCAGGGUGGGCACCAAACGCUAUAUGGCUCCAGAAGUGCUGGACGAAAGCCUGAACAAAAACCACUUCCAGCCCUACAUCAUGGCUGACAUCUACAGCUUCGGCCUAAUCAUUUGGGAGAUGGCUCGUCGUUGUAUCACAGGAGGGAUCGUGGAAGAGUACCAAUUGCCAUAUUACAACAUGGUACCGAGUGAUCCGUCAUACGAAGAUAUGCGUGAGGUUGUGUGUGUCAAACGUUUGCGGCCAAUUGUGUCUAAUCGGUGGAACAGUGAUGAAUGUCUACGAGCAGUUUUGAAGCUAAUGUCAGAAUGCUGGGCCCACAAUCCAGCCUCCAGACUCACAGCGUUGAGAAUUAAGAAGACGCUUGCCAAGAUGGUUGAAUCCCAAGAUGUAAAAAUCUGAUGGUUAAACCAUCGGAGGAGAAACUCUAGACUGCAAGAACUGUUUUUACCCAUGGCAUGGGUGGAAUUAGAGUGGAAUAAGGAUGUUAACUUGGUUCUCAGACUCUUUCUUCACUACGUGUUCACAGGCUGCUAAUAUUAAACCUUUCAGUACUCUUAUUAGGAUACAAGCUGGGAACUUCUAAACACUUCAUUCUUUAUAUAUGGACAGCUUUAUUUUAAAUGUGGUUUUUGAUGCCUUUUUUUUAAUGGGUUUUUAUGAACUGCAUCAAGACUUCAAUCCUGAUUAGUGUCUCCAGUCAAGCUCUGGGUACUGAAUUGCCUGUUCAUAAAAUGGUGCUUUCUGUGAAAGCCUUAAGAAGAUAAAUGAGUGCAGCAGAGAUGGAGAAAUAGACUUUGCCUUUUACCUGAGACAUUCAGUUCGUUUGUAUUCUACCUUUGUAAAACAGCCUAUAGAUGAUGAUGUGUUUGGGAUACUGCUUAGCUUAUGAUAGUUUGUCCUGUCUCCUUAGUGAUGUGUGUGUGUCUCCAUGCACAUGCACGCCAGGAUUCCUCUGCUGCCAUUUGAAUUAGAAGAAAAUAAUUUAUAUGCAUGCACAGGAAGAUAUUGGUGGCCGGUGGUUUUGUGCUUUAAAAAUGCAAUAUCUGACCAAGAUUCGCCAAUCUCAUACAAGCCAUUUACUUUGCAAGUGAGAUAGCUUCCCCACCAGCUUUAUUUUUUAACAUGAAAGCUGAUGCCAAGGCCAAAAGAAGUUUAAAGCAUCUGUAAAUUUGGACUGUUUUCCUUCAACCACCAUUUUUUUUGUGGUUAUUAUUUUUGUCACAGAAAGCAUCCACUCCAAAGUUGGAGCUUCUAUUGCCAUGAACCAUGCUUACAAAGAAAGCACUUCUUAUUGAAGUGAAUUCCUGCAUUUGAUAGCAAUGUAAGUGCCUAUAACCAUGUUCUGUAUUCUUUAUUCUCAGUAACUUUUAAAAGGGAAGUUAUUUAUAUUUUGUGUAUAAUGUGCUUUAUUUGCAAAUCACCCACUCCUUUACAACCAUACUUUAUAUAUGUACAUACAUUCAUACUGUAGAAACCAGCUCAUGUGUACCUCAUAUCCCAUCCUUAAGGGAAGAAAUGUUAUAAAGUUGAACUAAAUAUAAAUUUUCAGAAUUAAUGCAUUCAAAGUAAUAUAUCAAAUCCAGGACUUUGUUAACUUCAGGCAAAAACUUCAUUAGGGUAAUAUCAUCUCAAUUUUUUCAAAUGAAAGGAUUCUCUAAUUAGAAAUUUAUAUGUCAGAGCUGUUAUAAAUUUAUCAACUGUCAAAUAUGUUUUGGACAGCUAAAUCAUUUGAGAUUUUUGGUUUUUUGAUUUCUAUUCCCUAACUUGUGAAGACAAUGAAAAAUCAGGCAGAAAUAUUUAGUAUCUAGUCAGUAUCUGUAGCUACACUGUAUAACUGUUCUUCAACAAAAUGGUUCAUAUUUUA